CAGCGAUGACAGGAGAGACUGAAGCGAUGAACCGGAGACGCGUCGCGCGUCCAUCUACCCAAACACCUCCGGAUCGAGUUCUCGCGUUCACUGACACGCUGCUGAGGGUUCAUCAGUCUUCAAACCAAACCAUCAUGGCUGCUUUACGACCAACUCUCUCCUGAUUGAAGCUGGUCGCCUAAAAAUUGCGCGACUCACUGAGAACUGCUCUUCAGCCAAAAAUAUCUCCUCAGCAUAUGCCAAAGUGCUUUUAGCUUUGUCCUUGUUAUCCACUUUGCAACCUCAGUGACAUCAACCAAUGCCAUGCAGACUUUCGAAGCGAAUCUGAUUCUGGAUUCCAACCACUGCAGAUGUGCGCAAAAAGACGGGAAGCUCUUGUUUUACAAAGUGCACUAAAACAUUAACUGCGCUUUAUGAAUGUGCAAAGAGAGUUGGAGGUUUGCAGAGCGUUUUGACACCUUCACACAUCGAUGCAUUAAUCUAAGACGGAUCGCUUAUGCAUCAAACCUAAUGCCUGGAAACUACAGACAAACCUCUUUUGUACCUUAAUAGAUCACACAGAUUGCAACAACGGCAUUUUUGUCAUUCACAUUGUUCUGUAUAAUGUUGCAGCUGCACAUGGUUAUGAACAUGUCAAAACAACCCUUGAAUUUAUGACUUUAUGACAAAAGAAUCUGACGUUCUCCGCAGCAUAAUAUGCUUAGUUCCUCUUGUUUAUUCCUUCACCCACAGCUAUUUUCCACGAACAUACAACAUUAAAAGCCCAUCUAGGAGAAAUGAGAAAUGAGACACAACAGUUAAAUUUAAUCACGUUCCCUCAUUGCAAUGCUGGAAAUGCCCCAGUGUUCUUGUACCACGGCCAAUGCAGAAGUAACGCUUUCAACAUUUUCUUGGAGAGAUAUUAAGGUACAAAUCGAACUCACGGCAUCAAAAUCAGACCUUUAUUAAAUGCCUGGACGUCUUGAACAGAUGAUUCCCCUCAAAGACAACAUGACUCCGGAGUCGUUCCAUGAAAACUGUAGCAACUGCAGCCAGGUUCUCGUCCCGGAGCUGAACGUCAUGAAGGCUGUCGUACUGGGAAUGGUGUUGGCGAUCUUCAUCAUUUUUGGCGUUCUGGGCAACAUCCUGGUCAUCCUCUCAGUGGUUUGCCAUCGUAAUCUACGCACAGUUACCCAUUAUUUCAUUGUGAACUUGGCGGUCGCGGACCUUUUGCUGAGCUCUACGGUUCUUCCGUUUUCUACAGUCUUUGAGAUGUUGGGCCGUUGGAUCUUCGGACGGCCGUUUUGCGAUGUUUGGGCGGCAAUGGACGUCUUGUGCUGUACGGCGUCCAUCAUGAGCUUAUGCAUGAUUUCGGUGGACCGAUAUAUCGGCGUUAGUUAUCCGCUGCAGUACCUGUCCAUUGUGACAGAACGACGAGCGUUGCUUGCACUCAUUGUUUUGUGGGCUCUGUCCAUUACCAUCUCAAUUGGACCUCUUUUUGGAUGGAAGGAACCGGCGCCGGAGGACGAAUCCAUAUGCAAGAUUACUGAAGAGCCCGGCUAUGCCAUUUUUUCCGCAUUGGGAUCCUUCUACCUCCCUCUAGUGGUGAUUCUGUCGAUGUAUUGCCGCGUGUACGUGGUCGCGAAGAGGGAGACCCGAGCACUGAUUAGUGGACUGAAAACGGAAAAGUCUGAUCACGCCACCGAGGCAGUAACUUUGCGGAUACAUCGUGGGAACACAACGGUGUCCGAGGAUGAGGCCUUGCGCAACCGGACACACUUUGCACUGCGUCUGCUCAAGUUCUCCCGAGAGAAGAAGGCCGCUAAGACCCUGGGCAUCGUGGUUGGAUGCUUUGUCCUAUGUUGGCUUCCGUUUUUCCUGGUUCUUCCGAUCGGUUCCAUCUUCCCAACGUACAGACCCUCGGACACAGUCUUCAAGAUCACGUUUUGGCUGGGCUACUUCAACAGCUGCUGA